UACUUCCUGCUACCUCCUCCCUUCCCGCUCUCUCUCUCUCUCUCUCUCUCUCUCUCUCUCUCUCUCUCUUCCCUGCCCACUCUCUGUGUGUGUAAUUCACUUUUGCAUACUAAAGUUAUCCUCUUUAUUUGGUCUCCUCCCCUAUCAUUAAACAACGAUGUCCGAUUCUACUCUUCGCGAUCGCUUCUGUUCCUACUCCACAAACCUCCGAUUCUUCUCUCGCAUCCGACGAUUUAUCAGACUCAAGACCACGGGAAAGUCUACCAAAUCUUCCGAUCGAUUCAAUAUGUCCAGAGCCAAAGAAGAAUCAGAAAAGAAGAUAAUGGGAAGCGAAGGAAGUUGCAGAACCGAGGAAGACGACCUGGCUGUGUUACAGAGAUCCGUAAAGCGACUUCACUUUGGAAGCUUAGAAGAUAAAGACGAUGCCGCAAAAGAAAUCAAGAGAUUGGCCGCAGAAGAUCUCAAGACCAGGAAAUCUCUAGCUGCUCUCGGCGUUAUACCAUCUCUCGUGUCGAUGCUUGAUUCGGACGUGUCGUCUCGCCGGCUACUGGCUAUCCAGGCGUUGAUUGAGCUUGCUAAUGGCACUCACGUCAACAAGGCUCUCAUGGUGGAAGCAGAGAUCCUCAAGAAAUUGCCUGGAAGUGACCUUGAUAGUCUAGAUGAGUUGGUACAAAGAGAUUUUGCUACACUCCUGGUUUCCAUCUCUGAUCUAGCUAAUGUUCAGUUCCCCAUUGCCUCAUCUGAAAUGCUUCCAUUUCUCAUUUGGAACCUUAAUUCAAAUACAUCCAUUGAAGCUACUGAAGCUUGCUUAGGGGCAUUACACAACCUCUCUACCAUGCUGGACAGUAUAGGACCAUUGAUUUCUAAUGGUGUGGUAUCAACUCUAAUGAGACUCUGCUUGGAAAAAGAAUCUUCAGAGAAAGCUCUCGCGAUUUUGGGGAAUUUGGUGGUGACCGUGAUGGGUAAGAAAGCCAUGGAAAAUGAUCCCAAGGUGCCAGAUAGAUUUAUUGAGAUUAUGACAUGGGAAGAGAAACCCAAAUGUCAGGAAUUGGCCUCUUACAUUUUAAUGAUCUUAGCACAUCAAAGCUCAGCACAAAGGGAGAAGAUGGCAAAGUUAGGAAUUGUUCCUGUUCUUCUUGAAGUGGCUUUGUUGGGGAGUCCACUAGCUCAGAAGAGAGCCUUGAAAAUUUUGCAAUGGUUCAAAGAUGAAAGGCAAACAAGAAUGAGAGCCCAUUCUGGGCCCCAAACAGGAAGGAUCAUGGUCGGUGGUUUGCCGGUAAAUCAAAGGGAAAGCAGGGAAGGGAAGAAAUUGAUGAAAAAUAUGGUGAAACAAAGCCUGGACAAGAAUAUGGAAUUCAUUACAAGGAGAGCAAAUGCUGCUACAGAUUCUUCUAAGCUCAAAUCUUACGUUAUUAGCUCUAGUAGUUCUAAGAGCUUGCCUUAUUGAACGCUCAUAGCUUGAACGCUUACCCUUCUCAAUUUUCAUGUAUGAUGGCUGUAAAUUAUGGGGAGAAAGAAGACUAUAAAUUGCCAAAUCUGAUGCAGUCUUCCAUAUCCAAGUUGUAGUAAAGCUUUUUUCUUGGGUGGGUUUUUUUUUUUUUUUUUUUUUUUUUUUUUUUUGGCUUAUUUUAAAUUCCUGUAAUAAUUUUGAUUUUGAUUUCAGAGUUAUUUCUCAACUACAUUAUAUGAUGAUCACCUGGGUAUUGUUAGCUGAUGUGGCUUUUCUUGCAUUUCAGCAUAAAAUUUUUAAUGAGGACUUUACACAAUAAUUAUACUUAAGUUGGAUUACAA